UGAAGCCAGAGUUGUGACUUGUUGAUCCAGGCAUGCCUAGGCUUAAUUUCAAGGUCAGAAAAUGGUGGCUUUAAGAUUUUUGCAGUUUGCAUGCCGUGAAAAAUAUUACUGUACUAGAUAUGCAAUACAAAAUGUUUGUUCAGAAGUCCAGAAUUUGACUAAGGUUCUCUUGGAUGAAAUUGAUUUCCAGAUUCGUUUCAAUCGGGCUUUAGGUCUUUUUUUGGAACAGAAACUUGUUGCCCUGUGCGAUGACUUCUGCUGGGAGAACAGGAGUUGUGCAACCCUGCUGGUAUUCUUUUGGACGGGCUGUCUGGAAGACUGGAUGAUUCUAGGUUUGAGAACAAAGCUGCUAACAGGAAACAUAUGGAAAAGUUCUACAGUUUGCAGUUCCUGAGGAAACACUGGAGCUCUGCAUUACCUGGAAGACCUGAAAACACUGCUAGUUAAGAGGAUACCACAUCAGAGUUUAAAUAUGGGAAUCCUAAGUCAAGUAUUAACUAUCAUUCUUCUCUUUGGAGCCACAGUGUUCUCUCAAUAUGAAAGCGAUGACUUUGAGGAUGAAUAUGAAAAUGCAAUGGAUAACCAAUAUCCAUCCAUUUUCCAUCAUAUUCCUUAUUCUGCCACACCUGCUGAAUGUGCCAAAGAAUGCUUUUGCCCACCUGCUUUCCCAGUAUCAAUGUACUGUGAUCAUCGUAAACUUCAGACAAUACCAAGCAUUCCCACUCACAUCCAACAACUCUAUCUACAGUAUAAUGACAUUGAAGCUGUGCCUGUGGAACCUUUUGUUAAUGCUACUGCCCUGAGAGAAGUUAACCUCAGCCACAACAAAAUUAAGUCUCACAUGAUUGACACUGGUGCCUUUGCCAAACUUUCAAAUCUAGUGCAACUUCACUUAGAAUACAAUCUGUUGGAAGAAAUUCCAUCUCCUCUGCCUAGAAGCUUACAACGACUGAUCCUGGGUUUCAAUCAAAUUUCCAGGUUGCCAAGCAAAGACCUUGAAGGUUUAGCAAAUGUGACUAUGCUUGACCUGUGCAAUAACUAUCUUGAGGAUCCUCAAGUCAAAAAAAUACACUUUUCAAAUAUGAAAAACCUAAUGCAGAUCAACCUCUGCAGCAACAGACUUCAAUCUAUGCCUCCCGAUCUACCAUUUUCACUUAUGUAUCUUUCCCUUGAAAAUAACUCAAUUUCUUUCAUUCCAGAUCAUUAUUUCCAGAAACUUCCCAAACUUAUUGCUAUACGAAUGUCAUACAACAAUCUGCAAGAAGUUCCUUAUAAUGUUUUUAACCUUUCUAAUCUUAUGGAACUCAAUCUUGGCCACAAUAAACUGAAGCAAAUAUUCUAUAUUCCAAGAAGCCUGCAGCAUUUGUACAUAGAAGACAAUGACAUGGAAGCAAUCAAUGUCACAUUAAUGUGCCCUUCUAUUGAUCCACUGAACUUCAGCCACUUAACCUACAUACGAGUGGACCAAAAUAAGCUCACCGCUCCAAUAAGUACAUACGCCUUCUUCUGCUUUCCACAUGUACACAGUAUUUAUUAUGGUGAACAAAAAAUUAGUGCGAACCAGCAAACACAGCUGAGAACUCCAGUGUUCCGAAGAUAUUUAACACCAGAAGAGUAUGAUGAAGCAGAAGAUUACUAUGAAGAACAAGAUCGUGAUCAUGAUCAAAGGGGAAGGGAUGAUAAUCACUUUGAUCCUUAUUUAUAUUGAGAGAUUAUAAGAUGCAGAAGUAGUAUUAUGACAACUAUGUCCUUAUAAUUAUAUAAAAUACCCAUUUAAAAAACAAACAGAAUCACUUGGAAAUGCAAAAUAUUUGUGAUGUGAAGUAGGUCAACCUAUUUUGCAAUGCAUAACCAGCUAGUGUUUAUAUAUCAAAUUUCAAUUCACACAGAAAUGGUACUUCCCAAAUCUUCAAAUCAUGUAUUAUUAGAAUAGGAAAAUAACCCAAAUAUCAUACCUGCCCAAUUAGAAACUUUCAACUAUAUGCAAACACAGUGCCAACUUUGCUUGUGUGAUAUUUCUAGUACAGAAAUGUCAUUGAGCUUACUGUCUACGUUAUAUAAUAAUGACAUUCUCAAAUGAGAAUGCAUAUUAUUUUUAGCUAGGUAUGCAAAUUAUAUAAUACAAAUUUAAAGUGCAGUCAAAAUUCUAGGGAGGCCAAUGUCAAAGGCAUCACUGAUUUUAAAGGAUCUGGAUUGCAUUUGAAGAAAAUGUUAGUAAUCCAACAUUAGCACGUUUGGCCACUUUGAUCUAUAACAACCAGCUACAGUCAAAUAAUGUAAUUAAAAAUCUAUGAUUGCAACAGCUUCUGCCAGAAUUCAAAUUUUGCUACAUCAUAAGUAUUACAUUAUCCAGAUAUACGCUCGCCAGUUCAGAAAAAUAAACGGUAAUAAUAGUUGGUUGAAAAAGAAGAAAUGUGUUUACCCACAAGAUACAUUUAUAUACAAAAAAAUCUUAAGGCCAAAUUUGAAGUUUUGCUUCCAGUGUAAGUUUUCUAUAGUGUGUUUAGUGCAUUUAAACUAUAUCUAGGAUGUGAUCAGCACUCAUGUCCACCAAUCGAUCAACACUCCAAUGUUUGAUGUGUACAUACAAAAAACAAAACAGGUUUACAUUCAAUUCAGUGACAGUACAGGCCUAUCAGUAGAGCACAGUUAUCAUUUUAAGAAGCAUCUUGUAAUUCUGUGUUUUACUCUAUUAGCUGAUUUAGCAGACAAGCCUCAAUCAGCCCAAGCAAAGCGCUGGACUUCAAGCAACCUUACUCUCAUAUCUUUCUCUUGAACAGCCAGGAGGACAAAUUUUGUCAGUUUACUUUCAGUCUCAAAGAAUCUCAGCUUAGUAUAAUAGGCAAACCAGGAAGCCUGGCUUAAAAUAAACAAUGGUUAAACAAGUCCACUUCAUGACCCAUGCUUUGAAGUUGGCUUCUUUAGCAACUAACCAUUUUGGGGUUCUAAACUAGGAGCCAGGGGGUUUGCAUGUAAAGCUAAGUCAAGGUUCUUUGAAACUGAAAGUAAACUUGGCAGUUCUCCUGAAUGUGCAAAAGGAAGAGGCUUUACUUGGGCUCCCUGAUGAUAAUCCAUAUAAUGCUAAACUAUCAUUUUUCUACCAUGGCUUAAUGUUACAUGCAAACCAGCCCGGUAUUUCCACUGUGUACAUAACAUUAUAACAAACAGCUAACUAUGCAACACUGAUGCUUGUCAGCAACAUGGAAGGAUUGAACUAUACAUCAGCUAAAUUACAAAUGUAAUGUUUAAAAAGGUAUACCUAAGCAUUUACAAAUAGCUGUACAAUAUACUUCAAAAAUGUAACAGAUUGCUUUUAGUGGAUUAUCAUGCCUUUAUACUAAAUAAGAAUAUCAAUAAAUAUUGAUG